AUGGUCAUUCCUCGAGAGCAAAUUGCCACAGGAGAGCAUCUCACUCGUCUCUACGUCCAAGUACCAGGCAAUGUCGAUGCAAAAACAGACCGCACAACAACGACUGAAGACGAGAAGAAGAACGCAAGCAAGAAAAAGCGUGCUGAAGUUACUCUCGAAUACAUCUUCCAGCAAGCAAAUGCUGUUUUUGCACCAUACAAGAUCAAGGUCAAAGAAGGGACUGUUCCGGAUUGGUAUGCCGCGUACCAAAUUGGCCAGAGAAUGACGCCGAAGUUCUCGUCGAGGACACCAGAUGGCGUUGAUAGGGUCUUCAUCGUCGGUGAUGGUCAAGGCAUGAACGUCAGCAUGAUGGACAGUUACAAUUUGUCCUGGAAGCUAGCACACUCCAUCCUUGGUCUGUCUCCCAGUACUAUCAAGAACAGCGCAGAUCCAGUCUUGGAAACUUUCGAGCUGGAGCGUGUUGACACUGCUCGUCAACUCAUUGAAUUUGACACAAAAUUCUCACACAUGUUUUCUGGCAAAAUUGGUUCUGGCGACUCUUCCACAGCAGGACUUACACACGAUGAAUUCUUGGAAGUGUUUCGUGAUGGAAGUGGUUUUACAAGUGGCUGUGGCCUUGAGUACAAAUCUAGCAAGCUUGUCCGGGCUACCGAAGGAUCCCAAGAUAUGGUAUCCUCGGCAGGAGAUCCGCUUUACGGUGCCCUCACCCCUGGCAGAAGAGUGCUGAAUGUCGAGCUUAAGCGUUAUGCCGACAACACUACUCGUCAGCUACAUGAAGAACUGCCAUCGAAUGGACGAUACCGUCUUCUCAUACUGACCAGUACGGAUCUUCUUGACCCUUCUGGCCACUCUCAGAAAGCACUUAGAGCAUCCACCGAGAUUGUGGAAAGUCAUCCCGCUGGCUCGAUUGACCUUGUGGUCUUACACCCUAUCAAGGAUAGAUUCGAGUGGACGCAGAUUCCGUCAGAGGUCAAAAGACUUGCGGAGAUGAGGACCUACGGACUGGCGAAGAAGGAAGAUGCUUAUGACGUCUACGGUAUCUCGAGAGAGGAAGGAGCUAUUGCCGUUGUCCGACCAGAUGGAUAUGUUGGUGUCCUCUGUCGCCUAUCUACCCCUGAAUUUGCCAAGUACUUGGGAGGCUGCUUGGUUACGAUCUGA